UUCUCGCUUGUCACUUACGCCUUUCUACGCCUCGGAGAAGACGUGGACCUACAGCUUUAGGGUCUUGAAUUGGUUAACUACUUUCACCUCUCCGUUUAAGACUCGUAUCUACGCGUUACGAACGAUACGUUGCGCUCGUCAUCGAUAUGAGCGGACGGACAUUUUUCGGAUUACGACGCCUGAGUAGUAUAAAGCUACGCUGUCGCAAUCUUACUGAUAAGACAUACAAACUCCAGACAGCCUCUUUGUGCUCAUCUGUCAGAGCAACUACCGUCACUCUACGUAACUUUUGAACUAACUGUCGUCCGAAUAUGUCUUACCGAAUUUUGGUUGGCUCAUACAGCGAUCAGGUUUACACUUUAUCUUUCGACCCUAACAUUCCGUCAUUAUCGCUUGUGUCAUCUGUAACUGUCGGACAUCAUCCGUCAUGGCUCACACCUCACCCUAAAGACCUUUCUUUAGUUUUUGCAGGUGUCGAGCAGUCAGAUGGCAAGAUCGUUGCCCUGAAGUUUGACGAAUCCGGGAAGGGUAUCAUUGUUGGAGAACUACCCAGCGGUGGUGCAGAUCCAUGCACUCUUCUCGCCACUGGAGAUCAGCUACUUGUCGCCAACUAUUCUUCUGGAACUCUGACUGCUAUCCCCUUGUCAUCAGAUCCGCCCUUUUUGACGCCCUCCGGCAAUUCGAUACUGAGGUUCACGGGAUCUGGACCUGACAGAGAGAGACAAGAAGCUUCUCAUCCUCACCAGGUCAUUCUGCACCCCGAUCGAGAUGAGCUUCUUGUUCCAGACUUAGGCAGUGACAAAACGCGGAGAUUGGCAAGGGCCCAAGGUGGAUCUUGGGAAGUUCGGGGAGAGCUCCAAUACACUCCGGGUUCUGGCCCAAGACAUAUCGCGUUCUAUAAGGACAUCAUAUACACUCUUUUGGAGCUCUCGAACGAAAUUUCUGCCCAUCGCUUCCCCCCUCUUCCUGAAAUGCCAACUUUGAUCACAUCCGUGCCUACUAUGAGGAAAUUCCCUCCAGAACCAGCUCGCUCUCAAAUGCUUGGUGCCGAAAUCUUGAUCCCGUCACCUAACAAUUCAUUCCCUCAUCCAUACAUCUAUGCCUCGAAUCGCAAUGAUCCUUCUCCCGAGGGAGAUACGAUCUCAAUAUACUCCAUCGCCGAUCCUACUAAACUGGAGCCCGUCAAUGAGGUGAAGUCAGGCCUCCGACAUCUGCGAGGUAUGUUGUUCGGCGGACCAAAUGAUAAAUACUUGGUUGCGGGUGGAGCAAAUGGCGGAGGAGUCAAAGUCUUCGAAAGGAUAGAUGGAGGUAAAGGGUUGAGGGAACUUGCAGCUGUCAAUGUUCUUGCGCCUACUGGUUUCCUCUGGGUUUGAAUUAGUGAUAUGCACCCAGUGCUAAGAUGUAUGUAACUUGGUCAUGCUUCGUAUGCCCUGCCUCCGUGGACCUCCGUUAUUUUGAAGAAUAGCUUCAUACAUACCGUACUUACUGACCUUAUGACAAGGGACUUCGGACUGCAUAAGUCGUCGGCU